AUGCACUUUAUUUACCAUGACAAAGUCAAUGAAGCCAUCAAAAGUGGCAUMCAAUUGUUGGGUAAUGUGGUCGUUGGAAAUACACAGACACAGGAUUAUGUUUGGAGACAAUGUUUUCCCGAGUUCUUUUUGUCAGUAAUGACUUCUGUAAACUAUGAAAUACAAAACUUUGUKUGCAUGGUUAUUUACAAUUGUCUGUCAUCUCAGAGAAGAAAAGACCUUGUGYCAUGUCCAAAUGGUUUGAAAAUCAUGUCACAAAUACUUCACCUGUGUGCAGAUCAUGAGAAUCUUGAAUGGGGCUAUUUUAUUUUGGAAGCUUUUGUCGCAAAUGGACAUGUUGGUGAUCUUUAUCAAGGAAUGGAGUUUGAUCCCAGUGCUAGAAUAGUUCUACUUGAUCUCAUUCAAGUCUAUUUAACAGGUGAAAAAAGCUGGGAAAUUUUGCCCGAGAAUCAGAGUAACAAGCCUAUCGGUUGUGAUAUUCCUGGGGACUCAUUGAUCUUCUUAUCACAAGAAUUCGAAAUAAAAUCAAAUAUGAUUUCCAAAGACGAGGAGAUUGACUUUCAUUCUGCAGAAAACAUGAUGGACGCCUUAUUAAUGACACGUUUACUAAAGCUACUUGCUACAGCAGUCGCAAUUAAGCCAUCUACUCUUCAAAGUCGUGAGCAGCUUUUGGACACAGCUGUAGAGCUCCUUCACCAGACCAACCAUCCAAUCAACCAUGAGCAAUUUUCCAAUGUCACCUCGGCCCCACAAUGUCAAGACUCUGGAGAGCUAAGCCCAAGUCAUGGAUUCAAACGUGAUUUAGUGAGACUUAUUGGAAAUAUGUGCUACAAACACAGAAAUAAUCAAGACAUGGUGAGAGAGAAAGAAGGAAUUCCUCUUAUUUUGGACCACUGCAAUAUUGAUGACCACAAUCCAUAUAUCUGUCAGUGGGCGGUGUUUACCUUGCGAAACCUUCUUCAAGACAACAGUGAAAAUCAACAAAUCGUUGCGUCAUUAGAUAAACGAGGCGUUGCUGAUAACUCAAGACUGCAUCAAUUUGGAAUCGAUGUUGAGAAAACCGUUGAUGGGAAAGCCAAGCUUGUUCGAAAAGAAUAAAUCGAGAUGUCAUGCGCCAGUCACGUGAAUAUUGUUUAUAAAUGCAAGAUAUCAUGUGCUAGUCAUGUAAACAAUACCAGAAUUCUUACGGGGCAUGGGCUGGUCACGUGAACAAAUACCAGGAUUCCAACGGGAAAAACGAGCAAGCAUCCAAAUAAAAAAAAAGCUAAGAAUGCAAUGUCACCGUGCGUAAGUCACGUGAUCAAAUAGUACAAAAGUAACUUGACAUGUGCUUGUCACGUAAGCAACUGCUGGAAAUUCAACGUCACAUGCGGAACUGACUAUGCAUUAAGCAUGGAUUCUGAAAAUUCACUGAAGAUAAAGUGCUUGUCUCGUGAAUUUUGUCUGUAAAUGCAUGUUAACAUGUUCUAUAAAUGCAACAUGUGGAAGCACAUGCCAUAUAAAAACUACAAAACUACAAUAUACGUAUAAGGAAAGCCAAUAAUGUUUAUUGUGAAUUCAAACUUUGCAAGUCAAGUUAACAAUUACUAGACAUGCAUCGUAAACAAUAAUUAAUAUCGCAUGGAAAUGCAAUAAAACGUGCUAGUCACGUGAUUGUUGUCUAUUGUACUAGUCACGUGAACAAAUUCCAGAAAUAUUACAUGACAUGCGACAUUCCAGUCACGAUAAAAAAAACUGGAAAUACAAUUUAACGUGCCAACCACGUGUAUAUUGUCUAUAAUUGCGAACAACGUGCUAGUCACGUGAACAAUUACCAGACAUGGACUUUGACAUGUGAUAGUCACGGGGACAAAUACUAGAUAUGGACUUUGACAUGUUAUAGUCACGUGAACAAAUACUAGAUAUGGACUUUGACAUGUGAUAGUCACGUGGACAAAUACUAGAUAUGGAACUUGACAUGUGAUUGUCACGUGGACCAAUACUAGAUAUGGAACUUGAUAUGUGAUUGUCACGUGGACUAAUGCUAGACAUGAAAUUGACACGUGAUUGUCACGUGGACCAAUGCUAGAAAUGCAGUUUGACAUGUGGUAGACACUUGAAAAAGUGCUGCAAACGGAUCCAUACCCGGUUUGCGAGGAAUGUUAUGACUUGCUUACAAAAUUCACUCCAAGUGAAUGAUUUUGUCGAAUCUGUGACUUGGAAGUGAUUACAAAAUGAAUAAAAAGUAUAAAACUUAUCGGGAAAACAUAUGGAAAUAUUCAUGCAAAAACCCCUGAUGAGGAUCCCUACUGAAAGAAAAAAAAAAGAAAAAUAAUCCACAUCAGACAAUUUACAUUUCGGUCUGUUUUUUCUCAAUCAUUAAUUAAUCUUUUGACAGGCAAUAUUAUUAAUUUCCAUUCAACCUGUCUUUUUAUCAUUUUUUUCUUAUCGUUAAUCCAAAAAUUUAAAUAUGAAGU